UCCGGUUUUCCCCGGAAGCCCGGCCUCCGGGCCGCCCCCAGCCUCCGGCCUCUCCUGCGGAGCUCCCCGCCGCCUCGGGCCGGCACCCCCGUCAUGUCGGGCGGGCUCCUGAGCGCGCUGGACAGCGACUCCUACGUGCAGCUGGGCCAGUACCGAGACCAGCACUUCCGGGGUGACAAGAAGGACCAAGAGAAGUUAUUGAAGAAAAGCUGCACCUUGUAUGUGGGGAACCUGUCUUUUUAUACCACCGAGGAACAGAUUUAUGAGCUCUUCGGAAAAAGCGGUGACAUCAAGAAAAUCAUUAUGGGCCUGGAUAAAGUAAAGAAAACAGCAUGUGGGUUCUGCUUUGUGGAAUAUUACUCCAGAGCAGAUGCUGAAAAUGCCAUGCGCUACAUUAACGGGACCCGUCUGGACGAUCGCAUUAUCCGAACUGAUUGGGAUGCCGGCUUCAAAGAGGGCCGCCAGUAUGGACGAGGACGAUCUGGGGGCCAGGUACGAGAUGAGUAUCGAAAAGACUAUGACGCUGGCAGAGGAGGCUACGGGAAAAUGUGCAAAAUCAAUGAGUGACGGAAGCCCUUCACGUACAAACACAGGACGUUGGCUGGUUGACGGAUCCCUCCGAAGAGCAACGCUCGUCUCGAAAACAGCUGACGUAGAAGAGGCUGUCUUUGGUUUCUUUCUCUCCACACAGAAAUUAAGCCCCAAACCUCGACUUGGCUUUUUCACUCUGAAAAUCAUUAAAUUUCCGAAACUAAGCAAGUGACUGGUCCUGGUGUUGGAACCUUGAGGUCUGGUCGCUUGUCCUAAGGAACAGUUAGUAACUGAGUAGCUCUGUUCAUAGAUACUAACCUGAUAUAGCACAGAAUUGGAAAAGUCUUUUAUAUGGCGAUUGCUCAGUGUUCACAACUUGGGAGUGGGCAUUUAGGGAAAAGAUCCUCAUGAAAUUGAUAAGAAUUAAGGAAUGGUCAUUUAGGGAAAAGAUCCUCAUGAAAUUGAUAAGAAAAGAGUUUAAUCUGUGCUCUCUGGCAAUAGCCUAUAAACAAGGAGAUGUAUUUCUAACUUUUUGAAGAUAGCCCUUUUUCCCAAGGUGACUUUUAACUCAUAAAGAUACACAGGUUAUUAAGGAAUUCUUAAAACAGUUCUGUCUUAACUCGAAUGAUCCGACAGUCCCAGAGAGAGGGCUCUGCUCUUGUGCUCAGAAUGGAUGAUCUAGAAAGAAAUAUAUAUAUUUACAAUAUUUAAGCACGUCCUUCAGCUUCUAUUGGGAAGUUGGUCCAAAGGAUGUGGAAAGAAACAGGAUCUCCUAUGGGAAAUUCAAUGAAUUCUGAAGGGGUUCAUUUUAACUUUGAAGCAAGUUGAUGUUAGGCCUGUUGUACUUAUUUUUAUUUAUUUUACUCAAGUGGGAAGGGUUGAAAGGAGAGCCUGAAAAUCAAGGAAACAAAACCUUUAUAAUCCGAGUGGUCAGAGAAGUUUCACCUAGAACAGAUUUCCUGGUCAGUGAAUUGAGUCCACAACUAAAUGAUGUGGUCAAUCUCUCAGCAUUUGCACUGCUGAUAAAAGAACAGAAUUCUUGUUGAAUUGUUUGUCUGAGAUGAUGACUCGGCAGGGCCAGAGCAGGAGGA